UAAUGAGCUAACCAUCUACCCUUCUUGAAUAUCAACCAGCCAAAUAACCCAAUCCCAACAUAAUAAAAUUGCUCACUCAGCAUCAAGACUUGUUUCUCAUUCAGAAUUAACCACCUUCUACUUUAGAAGCUUAAUACCCUUUAACAUUGGAUGCAAAAGAAAUACUCAUCGAAGUUCAACCAGAUCAAAAAUUCACACAUCCAAAAUACUACUAAAAAGAUAAUAAAGUACAAAAAAUUACAAAAUAACCUGCAUAACCUGCUUCUACAAUUUUUGUUGAAAGUGGACUUUGUGAUCCAAAUAAAAAAGCUUGGUUUUACUUAGAUGAAAAUUAAAAGUCAUAAGGACCUCACACAUCAGCAGAAAUAGAUUAAUUGAUCACUAAAGGCACUAUAAAUAUGUAAACUAAAGUUGCUUUAGAAACUUUAGAUAAAUUGGUUAGAGUAGAAAAGAUUGUUUAAGCAAUUAAUAAAAAAAAAGAAGCUGAUUAAAAAUUAAAGGAAGCAUAAAAAUAAAAAUAAGAAGAAGAAAAUUAACAAAAAUAACUUGAUUCACCAACUAAAAUUGAAAAAUAAGAAGAACCAAAAGUUUAAUAGUCUAAAUUAAAAGAAGAAUAAGGAAUUGAUUUUGAAAUAGACUAUUCAAAAAUAAAACAAAAUAUAGAUAUGGGAUAAUGGGCAAAGCCAUUGGUGGCACAGCCUAUUUAAGUCAAAGUUACAAAGGCCUAUACAAAUAAUCCAUAAUAAUCAAAAUAAUAAUCAAAACAAACUAAUAAGCCUACUGAAAGAAAAAGAAGUGAUAAUAAAAGUAUGCAUGUAGAAGGAAAUAAAGGAAAUUUAUAUUAAAAAAAAGGAUAUGAAAAGUAUUUAUCAAUUUUAAUUAUUAUAGAUAAUAAGAAGUAAUUUUAGAGGCAAAACCAAAAGAAGAAUCAGAUGUUACUAUUAAUUAAGAAGUUUAAGAUUAUUUAAAGAAAUUAGAAACAAGGAAACCAGAAAAAGAAGAAGUUUAAUAAUAGCCAGAAAAAUUAUAAUAAUAAUAAACUUAAAUUCCAAAACCAUAAAAAUUAAAAACUGAACCUCCAAAAUAAGAAUAGAAAUUAUAACCUAAAUAGCAAUAAGAAACUGUAGAUAGUGCUGACGAAGAAUGGGAAGUUGUAGGAGCAAAGAAAAAUUCAUAAACUAAAAAAGAGCAAUAAUAAAAAUAAUAAACUAAAAUUGAAUAGCCAGCUACUUAAUAAAAUAAAUAAUAAUAAUAAUAAUAAUAAUAAUAAUAAUAAUAAUAAUAAUAAUAAUAAUAAUAAUAAUAAUAAUAAUAAUAAUAAUAAUAAUAAUAACAAGAUGAUGAUGAAGAUGAAGAAGGAUGGCAAACUGUAGGUGCUUCAAAUAAAGAUAAAAAAAAGCCUGUUAAUAAAAAAAUUUAAUAAAAAAAUUAAAAUAUUCCUGGAUUUGCUGUUUAAAUCCAAACAGAUUCUAUUACAAUAUCCUCUGGAUCAGCUAAGAAACCACCCCCUUAAAAAUAAAAAAAACCUGAACCUGCAUAAUAAUAAUAACAACCAUAAUAAACACAACAAUAAACUUAACCAUAAAAUAAUCAAAAUGAUGAUGAUGAUGAAGGUUGGAUUGAAGUAGAAGUUGGGUAAGCACCAAAAAAGGUUGCCUAAUCUAAAAAAGGAAAAUGAU